UCCACUUCUCUCCCUAGGUAUUCCCAGACUUCCUGAGCUACACAAACCAUCUCUAUUACAAGCCUGCCAGCAUUGGUAUCAUCACCAGGGUUAAUAUGGCUGACAUUCUCCUUGAAUGCCGAUACCCAAGGAGGUGGAAUGUCAGCAGCAGCCCCAUAAAGCCAACGUGGGUGCCCUUCACUUCAACAGCCUCUACAGAGCAAAUCCUGGACUUCUCCUUGCUGCUCAUGAGUGAUAACUGGAGUGGUCCUAGAGUCUCCAAUGUCAUCUACCUGGGUGACGUCCUUCACAUUGAGGCUUCUGUUGCCGUUGACAACCACGUGCCCCUGCGGCUCUACGUCGACAGCUGCAUCGCGACCCUGAGUGGCAACAAGGACUCUGAGCCCAGAUACGCCGUUGUGGACAAGCUUGGCUGUCUGAUGGAUAGCAAGGCUCCAGACUCCUCCUCUUCCUUCACCAGACCUGCUCUGAACAAGCUACGCUUUGAUAUCACUGCUUUCAGGUUCCAGGGGGAUUCCAGGAGUUUGAUCUACGUGACUUGCACACUGAGGGCAGUCAAUGCUGACAAACCAGCUGAUGCCUCCAACAAGGCCUGCUCCUACCAGAAGCAAACCAACAGGUGGGUCUCUGAGGAUGGCUCCUCUGCAGUGUGUGGGUGCUGUGAUGCUGGCUCCUGCUCUGGGACACCCCGGUUCCUCCCUCCUUCUCCCAGGCAGGUGGGGAGCUACGGGAUCAACCAGCCUGACUGGAGAGGAAAGUGGCUGCACAAGAGAGCGGCUCCUCUUGAUCCAGCUGGCCAGGACCCCCGAGUGCAUGUAAAGGAGAUCACCAUUGGCCCCCUGACCGUGGUACAUGUGGCCCGAGACCAUGCUGUCGUGCUCAGUAAGGAGUCCCUGUACCACCCCCUGCAGCUUGUGGAAGUGCAGGACUCAGGCUCUGUCCCUGUACUGGCAGUCUCCGCUGUGGCUCUGGCUCUCUCCUGCGCUGUCCUGUUGGCCGUGUUCCUGAAGAGGCGCUCCCAGGCUACUGACAAACUGCUUGCUGUGUCUUCAUAAUGUGUUUGAGUAAUAAAAGCCUUGUCAAAGCUAAUGUAUUUGGUCAGUGGUAGUGUGUUCAGUGUGCAAUAUAGAUGCUGCACAAGGUGGCAUCUCUUGUGGAAGACCUGCACUGUGUUGCAUAUUGUGCAAUGUAUAUGGGAGUGAUUAGCAAGGUGAGAUGCUGCAGAAUGUGAAAUGGUUACCUCCCUUGUAGGCAAACUCACACCAGUUUGUUUCCUAAAACCAGUAGGAAGGUGUAACUGAAUAUUCAACUGGCAUAUUAAAUUG